AUGCGACCAGUUCCUGACGUGCCAGCCUUCUCCCGUAAACCCUCCGCGGACCCUCCAUCCUCGUGCUCUUCACUAGACCCCCGCACUGCCGCCCCCGCAACCUUCUUUCUAUCCCGCAGCCCGCAUGCCUCCGAUGCAGAGCGCAGCCCCUCUCCAGAUGCAUCCGGAGAUCCCAAAGAAAGCACGUACGGAGUGCAUAGUCUAGCAGAAACCAUCUCUCGAUCAGAGCUUGGACCGAGCUCGUCUCGCGGGUUCACUGCAGAUAACCAACGGACACGCAGCUCAUCACGGGGAUCGGGAUCCGAUAACAUGAAAGAAAUACGGUGCUCACGACGCCGGUCGACAAUCAGGCCGUUCGAGUCGGAUGAUAUUCGAGACUCGUCCUUGCAACCACCUACCCCGGACACGGUCUCUCGACCGCUGACACCGUUCCACCCUGAUGAUCCAUCGUCGCUGCCCAGUAGCCCAAAGUCCAUUUCCAACCAGUCCCUCCGACCGCUGGAUGAUAUCUCCAUCACCGAUGAAAUUAAUAGUCAAGCAAUCGGGUCGGGGGAUGAAGAAGAGAGACCUCGACCUUCACCGCGUUUAGGGUUCGCUGGGGCUUCGCAGUUUAUCAUGCCCAGCAUUAAGAUGCCAAGUCGACGUCCAUUUACAGAGCGGGGAAAAGCGAUGGGGAGAUUCAAAGUGCUCGUAGCUGGAGCACCAGGUACUGGAAAAACAUCCUUGAUUAAAGCUAUCGUCCAAACAUGCGAAGACAUCGUGCACGUCGAUUCUAUUGACUCUCUCUCCUCCGUGACCGCACUAGAGCGGCGCCGUUCCUCGCGACCCCACUCCGGAUCUGUCCCCACUCGCGGGAUGCCCACCGCUAUCACCGAGAUCUACGCUAGCACCAAGCCGUAUCCUUCGUGGUGGUCGGACCUGGAAGACUCGCGUGUGCUCCGACGACGAAAAAGUAUUGGCGAGAUUGUGCUGGAACGGAAUUUAUGCUUUGUGGAUACACCGGCUAUAUCGUUGAGUCGGGCAGGGCAGACCGAUGCCGUUUUGCAGUAUUUGCGACAGCAGCUACAGCGGGCGACUGCUGCUGUUGCAGGGUCGGGAGUGGAUUUUCAGAACAUGUUAGCCGGAAAUGGUGGUACCCAGGUGGAUGCCAUAUUAUAUCUGAUAUCUCAUGAUACAUUGACAACGGACGUGGAGUGUAUUCGCAAGCUCUGCGAGUUGAGCAAUGUCAUCCCACUCGUCGCCAAAGCAGACACACUAUCACCUGAGAAUAUCAGCUCUCUCAAAGACCGAUUCCAUCAACAGGCGCAAGAUGCCGGCAUCAAGCCCUUCAUGUUCGGUGACUCGCCUGUCGUGGGGCUAAAUGACCAGACUCCGCAGCCUCCCUACGCUGUAUCAUCUGAGAAAACUGCCGAUCUGGAAGUUAUGGAUGCCAGCACCCUCAUGAGUCCAGACUACGAACAACCUCUAACUCCAUCUGAACUGGACACCCUGGUACAGAAACUAUUCGACCGGGAUAACCUCGCCUGGCUGCGCCACUCAGCCGCCAAAAAAAUCGUCUCACGAUGCGGCGACUUACCUACCGUGCCCUCACCAACACCCGCAGCAGUUCCCACCGCACUCUCCGGUGCUAACUCGCCCGGGGUAGGCUGGCGAACUGUCUCGGGUGCAUCCAUGAACUCAUCCAUCUCCUCCCUCGGCGACUCCCCACCAACCUAUACCCUAGCCCGCCUCGCAGAUUACACACGACACGAAGAACGCAUGGCCCAAGUCCGACUCGCACAAUGGGCAACAGACCUCCAACGCAGUCUCCAAAACGAACGAGAGCGAUACGCAUCGCUAGCGCGAGGCGAUCGUGCUAUAUGGCUAACUGAGCGCCUGAGCGAGUGCGUAGUAGAUGGGUCAUUAGUGCCUAUCUCGCAAACACCCGGUUUCUGCGGGCUGCACGUUCAGAGCAAUGACCAGAGUGGGGGCGGUUUGAACAUCAUGCGAGCUCGUGAUGGCGAUGGAAAGGAAUAUCGUGUCGCUGGUUUAAGUCCUCAUGACCCGCUGGGUGUUGUGGGGUGGAUCGAUGAUCUCGGACGACGAGGUUGGAUCAUUGUUCAGAUUGUGGGCAGCGUUGGGGUUGUUGGUGGGCUGGCACUGUGGGUAGCUCGGUCUUGGGGACUUCCAACGCGAAGUCUAUCGGAUUUCCAGCUUGAUCAUUGGUAUGGGAGUAUCGACCGGUGA